CAAGAUGGCGAAUGCGGUUGUUUUACCGCAGGGACACUGAACAAAUUAUAACAUUUCUCACUUAAAUUCGCCGACAUCGCGGUAGCAUAAUUGUUAAAAAGUUUAUAGUUAGCUGCGCAAAGCUUGAGGAUAUCUAACAUGAAGGGGAAAGAGCGGUCGCCGGUGAAAAAGCGUUCAAGGGCCUUGGAUGAUAUACGAGACAGGGGAGGAAGCCACCCAACCAGUAAGAAAAUGGGGGUUAUCUCGAUUUCUGGUGGUGGAAGCAACAACGGCAAUAGUUCAUCUAAAAGCGAAGGGGGUACUGCAAGACGGGGAUUGAUCGGAGACAAACGAGAUGGUCGAGAUUUUGACGGACAUGUCUCCAGUCGGACUGGAAAUAAUCACGGUUACACCAGCCCUGUUGCAAGCUCGAGCAGCAAGAAUCACGCCUCGAGUCUGUCUUUAGAGGCAGCCGCCCGCAGCAACUCGCGCGGGGAAUCACGCGCUCCGCUUCCCACCAACGAAAGUGAGUACAAAACUUUAAAAAUCAGCGAGCUCGGCUCCCAGCUGAGCGACGAGGAAAUCGAGGAUGGGCUUUUCCACGAAUUCAAAAAAUUUGGUGACGUGAGUGUUAAAAUCAGCCGAGUCAACGACGAGAGAAUUGCAUUUGUGAACUUUAGGAGACCGGAUGAUGCUAGGGCGGCAAAGCACGCACGAGGCCGCUUGGUGCUGUAUGACCGUCCUUUGAAAAUCGAGGCGGUCUAUUUAAAUAGAAGGAGAAGUCGGUCUCCAGUUGACAAGGACCAUUUUUCUGUCGUAGCAGGCCAUAGACAUUUGCAUACGCAGAGGCCGCUCUCUCCAACUGGCCUAGGCUAUAGGGACUACAGGUUACAGCAGUUAGCGCUCGGAAGGCUUCCUCCUCCCCCACCCCCUCCCUUACCCAGAGAGCUUGAAAGGGAAAGAGAAUUUGCCUUUUAUGAAGCAAGGGCAAGGCCUGCUUACAUUGCAGAGCGGGCCGCUCCUUUCCGCGAGGAGGACUUUAUCUCUCCAGAGGAUGAUCAGAGAGCCAACCGCACACUGUUUCUGGGUAAUUUGGAUAUUACUGUCACUGAAAACGAUUUGAGGAGGGCCUUUGAAAGAUUUGGGACCAUCACUGAGGUAGACAUUAAAAGACCCACUCGUGGCCAAAGCAGCACCUAUGGCUUUCUCAAAUUUGAGAACUUGGACAUGGCCCAUCGUGCAAAAAUAAGCAUGUCUGGGAAAGUUGUUGGCCGAAACCCCAUAAAAAUUGGAUAUGGCAAAGCGACCCCCACCACACGGCUAUGGGUGGGCGGUCUUGGACCGUGGGUCCCUCUGACUGCAUUAGCAAGGGAAUUUGAUCGCUUUGGAACUAUUAGGACUAUAGACUACAGAAAAGGGGACACCUGGGCAUAUAUUCAGUAUGAAAGCUUGGAUGCCGCUCAGGCAGCCUGCACGCACAUGCGUGGUUUUCCUCUUGGUGGUCCAGACAGACGGCUGAGGGUGGACUUUGCUGACACAGAGCACCGCUACCAGCAACAGUUCUUGCAGCCCCUCCCCUUGCAACACUAUGAAAUUGUGGCCGAGUCUUUCGUCCAUCGUGCCACCCCUGAGGCCAUCAGAGUCCGAGAAAGGACUCCUCCUCCACUGCACUUCAGAGACAGAGAACUGUAUGCUGGGGCUGAGUGGCCAGCACCUGCCAUUCGUGAACGUGUUAGAACUCCUGCAUUUGAGCCCCUCGAACACUUGGAACGUGAACGACGGCGAGAGGCGUGGUCUCUGGAGAGGGAGCUGCCAGGCAGGGACCCUGCACGUAAACGCCGCCUCAUGGAGGAUGGGAGACAUCUGGAGUGCUCUCCUGACAGCAGCAGUGAGUGGGCAGCCCGACGUCGCAGACCGCCCUCCCUAGAGGGCAGCCCAGGUGGUAGCAGCCGUGACGGACGUUUCAGUGACUCUGAGCGGCCAGCGAGAGCCGACCGAGCAUCCCCAGCACGAGAGAGCCGCAGCAGCCUGGACAGAGCCCCCGGCGAGAAGCGCCUCAAAAGCAGUGGCUGCCUCUCAGAGUCCAGUAUCGGCGCUAGUCCAGCAGAGAGAAAACGCAAAUUAGGUGAUUCAGCCAAAGGUGCCUCCAAGAGAGACCGAUCUGAGGGCAGCUCCAAAGGCAGCAACCCCUCAAAGCAAGAUGCAGGGGGGAAGCUGAGCAUGGCCUGGAAUGGCAUGUUACUCCUGAAGAACAGCAACUUCCCAGCUAGCAUGCACCUCCUAGAGGGAGACCUGAGCGUUGCCACCAGUCUCCUUAUCGACGGCAGCACAGGCGGCAAGGUCAGUCAGCUACGCAUCACACAACGCCUUCGCCUCGACCAGCCCAAGAUCGACGAAGUGUCUCGCCGCAUCAAAGUCGCAGGCCCAGGUGGGUAUGCGGUUCUUCUGGCCGUCCCAGGCAUCUCUGAGGAGACUUCGUCUUCAGACCCAGCAGCAUCAACACAGAGGCCCCUGCGCAACUUGGUUUCCUACCUGAAGCAAAAGCAAGCCGCUGGGGUCAUCAGUUUACCUGUCGGGGCCAGUAGAGAUAAGGACAGUGCUGGGGUCCUGCACGCUUUUCCGCCCUGUGAUUUCUCUCAGCAGUUCUUAGAUUCAUCUGCGAAAGCUCUUGCCAAAACAGAAGAGGACUUCCUGGUCAUGAUCAUAGUUCGAGGAGCAUCUUAACAAUCAUAACACACACCAAAGUAUUGUUAAUUGCAAGCUUCUCUUAAUGUCUCUUAAUUGCAUGCUGUGUAAAGCAGAAGUGGUACCACAGUAAAGGGCAUAUGUUAUUACCUAUUCUGCCUAACCUGUACAAAAAAAAAAAAAAGAAAAGAGAGAGAGAGAGAAAAAAAACUGUAAGGCCCUUUCAUAUAGUAAAAUUUAGCUCUAUGGCAAUAUGUUUGUUUUACAUUGCAAGUUUAUUCAGAUGUCUAGUUUUUGUUAAGUUGUACCCUGCAUAAAAGGAAUGAUACUGGUCAUAUUAGAAUAGGAACAUUUAAUUUGGUAUUAGUCAUGAAUCACUUUAACUAGUUAUACUUCAUGUAUUUCAGUCAGAUAUCAGACAGUCAGCUUGUACGAAAUCAUUUCUGUGAAUGUUGAUUUAUGUGGUUACCAACUGAGCUGAUUUAAGGGGUUCAACUUUGGUUCAUGUGUCUUGAUGCUUUGAACAAUCAUUUCACAAUGGAGAGUGUAAUAUAGGUAUAUAUUGUAGUUCUGUAGGCAACUAAAAAUAACAACAAAUACUUAUUGAUCUGCAUGUUGAUGCUAGUGUUACAGACAGUAGUAGCCUGUUGCAGAGGUUUAUCCAGCUUAAAAACGAAGAUGUAGCCAAAAGAAAGUCAUCAGUGUUAUAUUGAUUUAUAGUAGAAAAGAGGCUACUUGUUAACACCAUAACUUACCUUAUCACAUUUAAAAUAUAUAUUGUGAACAAAUUUUGAUUGUAAAGUAGAUAUUUCUUAGCCCUCCAUAGACCAAAUCAUAACUUCAUGGAAAUUCUUGUGUGUUUAAAGAAAAAGGUAUUCUCACUGUUUUCAAAUUUUUGGGUUACAUUUCAAAGAGUUUUGAAUGAAGCUGAAUUCUGGUUUCAAAGUGAGAUUGUUUAAUGUCUCAGUUUCAAUUGUAAUUGAUUGUCAGAAAAUAAUAAUUAUAAUCUGAUUGCUUAAGGUGGUUUUAAUUUUAUUUUUUCAAUAGGACUGUCAUAAUUUUUCCCAGAUAUAAUCAGCUAACAGUGAUAUUGUUAAUACUGCUGUUCUAAUGAAGGUCUCUUUAUAAACAAGGUUUAAUAGGAUUCUCAAGUUAAUCUUAAGUGCAUAUGGCCUUUAACGUAAGAUUUUGUCAGCACCACAAGUGCUAAUUAGCUAAACAUGCCAAGUAUAUGUAAAAAUCAAGCCCCAGCACUUUGUACAAUUGUAAGACAGUCCUACAUUUUUUUUAUUUUUAUUGACAUAUCUUAGUUGACAAUGUAGACCAUACAUUUAAUUAUGAUUUUAGUUGAAAGCCCAGUUAUGUUUGAAAUAAUUCACAAUGUUGUGAUUCCUGGGUGUGUCAUUGUUCAAAUGGUUUUAAAAUAACGGUCUAUUCUUUCUCUAAAAUCCUGAAAAAAUAGAGUUUGUGUUCUUAGUCUGUUUAGCUAAUUACGGUGUACUGAUCUGAUGAAUAACUAACAUCUUUUCAUGUAUGACUUUUAUAUUCUUCCCACUAAAUUGUGUUUUAAAAGUUGAUUUGUUGGUGAUUUAACAAUAUAAUAACAGCUGAAUGUGUACAUGAAUAAUUGGACAUACUGUAUGUUCAGUCACAGCCUCACAGGACAGGAAAUGGACCGUUCCACAAGUGGACUUCACAUGGCUGGAACCAGAAAUGAUUGUUUGAAAUGAUGCAGGAGCCCUUUGGAUGCACAGGGGGAAGAGCUUUCCAUUUAGUGUUAGUGUACUUGCACAGAGAGAGCAUCUACCUGCUUGUGUAAUUGUUUUUGUGCUUACAGUUCCCGUAUUUAAACGGAAAUAAUGACACUCUUGAUUUGUGCUGUGUUUACCUGAUUUCUUGAUUGGGGGAAAAGAGGAUUCGGUCACACUCCUUGCACAGCUCUGACGUGGCUGUUUGUACACACACAAAAAGUGCACUGGCCCCUCAUUUGAUUAUAUCACGCUAUCAAUAAAUUGUUUCAUUUGAGGGAGAAAUGUUUAUUCGUUGGAAAUGAAUUCAAGAACACCUGCUGCUGCUUUUUUCGGUUGUGUUUCGGGAGGAAUUGUUGCUCAAUUGCUUGUUUCUGCUCAGGAAAGAGAAAUUCUCCCCUUUGUUUUUCGGCCCGGGAUCGGGGAUGGCAGUGAGAGCAAAGGGAGAGCGCUCUUUUGUUGCUCAAUGUUGUUGUUGAUCUAUGUUUUCCACCCUUGUGUCCCCCCUCCCCCCACAUGCUAAAUAACCAAGGAUUCUGCUGCCCCCAACCCUCAAACAAAUCAGAGAGAAGGGGGCUGUUCUGCAAAGCGUUGAGAAUGUAGCACUGUUCGGUUCUCGGAGAUGAACGCAGUCAGUGGAGAGAUGAUGUUUGCGCAGACCUUCAUCUAAACUGAAAUAUCGGUUUCAGUACCUUCACUGGGGUCAUUGAAUUCUCACAGGCGUGAUGGCUGUUUCCUGCUGUUUCAAGCUUCCUCAGCCGGAAGUAUCCAGGCUUGCUGUAACAUGGCCGGCCACACUGCUGUUCACACUAUGCAUUGCCAGCACAACUGCCAGCACUAUAGAGGCCGAUCAAACCUUAUAACAAUGAUUUCCAUUUCACAGAGGAGCAGGCGUUUGUUUAUUCCAUCCUUUGAUUUCUUCUGAUUUGAGUUUGUUUUGCUCCAUUGAAAAUCAUUGAAGGAAGAGGAUUUCCAUGAUCAGAGAGGAAAGCGAUUUAGAAAAGUGAAAAGCGUUUUUAGCCUUCAGUAUUGUGUUCCUCUCGAAGCGAGUUUGAUAGUUUUGCUUACUUAAACAUUUAUUUUCAAAAAGAAAUUUUAAAAACACAUCCAGAUGAUCAUUACAUGGAAAAAGUCAGCUGCAUCACUUCACACGCUGCUCAUUCAUGUCUCUGAAGGGCAGAUGUGAGGAUUCAGAGUCAGACCUGUGCUCUGGUGUUAGUGGUGAGUAGGGGGCAUACUGGGGCUUGCCUCAUACUGGGGCAUUAGACAAAAUCUACCUGGUUCAGGUAAGUUUAAAGCAAGCACCAGAGUAAAUGGUUUUGAACUUUUACCGUUGGUUGUAAUGUUUAUAUUUAUGUGUAUAUGUUUGUUUCCAAAAAUGAUUUUUUAAAGAAAAAUACAGAAAUAUAUUUAGUAUUUAAAGGAAUAUAUUUAGUAUUUAAAGGAAUAGUUCACCAUCCAAAAAUUAUUCUGAAAUCAUUACUCAUGUUGUUACAAAGCCUUAUGAAUUUCUUUCUUUCAUGGAACACAACAUUUGUUAGGAACUGACAGCUUCCAUCGCCAUUCAAUUUAAAAGCAGCUUUCUUUUUCCAUACAAUGAAAGUUAAUGGUGUUUUGAGGCUGUCAGUCCCCAACAUUCUGCAUAUCGUUUCCUUUUGUUUUCCACAGAGGUAAUAAGGUCAUAUGGGUUUAGAACAACAUAACAAAAUAGUUGUUUUUGGGUGAACUAUCCCCAUAAAUUAGCAUAUGAAAGGUUGAGGCAACUGGUGAUGUAAACAAAUGAAUUGGUAAGUUACUCCAGGCAACAACGAUGAUCAUGUUGAUCAUAUUUAUUUUAAAUAUAUAUAAAAUCUAGAACACCUAUUGACUGCAUUAUAUUUGCAGAUGUGGAGAAAGAGUUGAUGGUAUCUAUUAGUUUCAGCAUCACACACUGUAGAUUAUACAGGAGUUCAGCUGUCAGCGCAGUAUUCAAAUAAUUCAAGCAUUUAAAAUGACUUUGUAAACAGCCCAAAAGAACGUUAAUAACAUAUUCUUUUUAAAUAAUAUAGUAUGUGUACAUUAAUUUGUAAUGUUCAUAAUUUAAAGUGUUUACUAGAUACACAACUGAAGAUAAAUCAUUGCUAAAUCAUAACUGUAUUGUGAAAUCUGAUACAAUAUCCUUUAAACCUUAGUAUAGCUGUUGGGUAAAUGAAAUAUGGUUGGUCACUGUUAAGGAAAGACAUGUUACGGUGUGACAGAGCUGUACAUUCCAAUUAAAGCUUUACAAAACUGACAUUUAGCCUUUUAGUACCCUUUAAAACCUAACAUUAAAUAAAAAAUUUUUCUGAUUGCUUAGGUACUAUCUUUGAAACUAUAGGCUAUUUUUUCAAAACUCUACACACUAACCAUAAAACCUUACACCAAACCAGCAAAACAUACAUCUCUUGCAAAAGCAAACAGUUCUUGGAAAAACUCUUCAAACUCUUUUAAAAUAUUGUGUUUUUGCGUCAAUACAGUACACACAAACCAUCAUUUGAAUAAGCACACGAAGCGUCAACUAUGCACUGAUAGUAUAAAUGAAAAACACUUGUGGAUUUUUCUGUGUGCAGGGCAUAGCAGUUUGCAAUAAAGUUUUGUCAUACAUGUCAAUUGGCAAUUGACAAAAUAGUGUAGCAAUGUAGAGACCAAUGUUUACAAAAAUUGUAAACUAAGUGUAUGGCAGUGAGUUGUUUACAGUUUAGCAAAAAGUGUGUUAUAAAAUUACAAACUGAAUGUUAAACAGAAAACGUGCAUUCAGUUUGGCACACUUGGUAAAUGCAUUGGCUACAAGUGUUAGUGGUUUCAGAGAUAGUUCUUAAAGAAUCACUGUUCGUGUUUAAGCAUUCAGAAAAAAACUGUAAGAUAAAUUCUAUUUAUUAAUUUAUGAUGUAGUGUCCCCAGCUCACAAACUUUCUCCUGUGCUUUGUUAGUACUGUAGUGGGGUGGAUUUGAGUUCUAAAGACAUAAUCGGGGCUCUAUCACAAUUACAAGGAUGUUAAUGUUUGGGUCUCACAGGCUCCUGUAUUGUUUGAGCAGUGUGAGGUUUUGAUAAAGAGCCCAAGAUUGUACAUAAAAGGGAUAGGUCACCCAAAAAUGAAAAUUCAGUCAUUUAUUCGCCCUCGUUUAGUUCCAAACCCGUAUGACUUUCUUUGUUCAGUGGAACACAUAAGGACAUAUUAAGUAAAUGUUAGGUAGAUAGCUUCAGUCAACAUUCUCUUUAAUUGCAUUUUUUUUUAUCUGUAUCGUGAAAGUGAAUGGUGACUGAGGUUUGUCUGUCCUUAAUAUUCUGCCUAACAUCUUUUGUUUUUAUAGCCUUAUAAAAAUUUUUUAUUAUAAUUAUAAGAAAAGAUAUGAUGUAUCCUGUACAUCCAUUCAGCUCAACUCAUUUAUUGACCAAAGUUGUGAGGAAACUGGCAGACCAUUUGCUCUCUGCAAAAAGGGCUUGGGCACUGGCAAACAUUAAAUGCAGGACAUUAUAGAAUUAUCUAUUUAUGGUUCAUGUGAUUUGUAUUAUUUUAUCCAACAAUAUAUAUUUCUAUUGCAAUUUAUGAUAGCACUCUGAACACAGCUGUAGUCUCUAAUAUUUAUGAUAUCUCUUGUAUCUUCACCACAGUGCUCACUGACUGGCUUGUUCUCAGAUGCUAUGGAAUGGGCCUGGUAACUUGGUAACUGUAGGUCUCCAUGGUAACAUUCUAGCCCCUCCCCUGGCUUUAUUUACAUAAUCUCUUUGUGUAGCCUAGCCACUGUCCCCUACCCACUCAUCUGAGUAAUAAAAAAAAAGACCACAUUAAGUCCAGCAGUCCAAAACAUUAGCUCAUUGUUCCUAGUUGUAGCUUAGGUCUCUCAUAGCCUCUGCAAAAGCUACCACAUGAUGGCUGUAAGCUAUUUCAGGUCUUACAAGAGGCUUUCUACCAUCUGAUCUUACUAAGAAUACUACUUAUUGUAAGUUUUUUUUUUUUUUUUAUAUAUAUAAAUUCAAGUCAGAUGCCCAAACUGAACACAAUUAGAAUUUCCUCUUUAAAGAGUUCAUUCUGAAUAUAUUAUACCUGCACUAUUUAUUUUAAUAGCCAUUAUGAAGGAGAGUAAUGGUUAUAAAAAAACCUGUUCUAUCUCUUAUCUGUCACUUGGAGUCAGUUGUUGAAGUUAUAGAUUACCUAUCUUCUAAUAGGUUCUUUUACUUUAACACCAACCCCAACCAUAGCAAGAAGCAUCACACACUUAUUCUGGAUAUAUGUGCCUAUUUUUCAGCUGAUGUCCUGAUCUGAGUCAUUUCCCGGUUGACAAAUUUGAGUGUCCUGCUGAGUGAUAAAAGCACAGUUGGUCGUCUUCAGAUAAAACUGUUAGACGGUUUGUUAAUUUUUAGAAGUCUCUGCUCUCAUGCCUUUGAUACUAGAGUUGAACAAGCAUAUUUCAUUAUGCAUGUAGUUAUUAACCUUUUAAUGAACUAUGAUAUUGCCAGAUGUUGUGAUACCUAUAUGAGAUGAAGUUUUAAGAUUUCCCUACACGUUUUUUAUUUUUUUGUAUGUCCACAGAACGUGUUGCAUUAUAGCUAUCUGUUCAUCAGUGAUUAAUCAUGAAAAGAGUGCAGCGUGUCAGACCUCAUCACAGCUCACAGUCUGUAAGUGCUAUUUUAAUUUUUUGCACAGUAGAAUUGAAUAAGUUUGUAUUAAUACAAAUGGAUGCUAAUUUAUAUAUAUAUUUAUGGAAUGCUGCAUACAUUUUUUUGUAGUUUGUACGAUAUGCUUUGUUCUCAAUAAAGAUAUAUUUUUACACCACUCUGACUUUGUAAUAUUGUGAUGAAAGAAUUAAUAGGUGUGAAAAUGAAUGUGCUUUAGAAUUACAGAAUACAAGUGAUGCUUAUAUGACAGCGCAUAUUUUGUUUUCCCCCCAAUAAUUAAGCUAAUUAUUGGAGUUCAGACAUUGUGAAAUAGAGACAGACAUGGUGUUCUCAUACUUUGCCCUUUAUAGCAAACAGAACAUCUUCCAGGAAUUAUGGAAUUUUUGUUUUUACAGAAUGGCUUUCAAAUCCACUGCUGGCUUUAAUUGCAGUCAUGGAAAAACAUGACAAUUGUGGAAUUUGUCAACAAAAAAUAAUCCAAAACCUAUGACAAAUGUAAAAAAAAAAAAAAAAAAAAGAGUAAAUAA